GUUUAUUCCUUACGACGCAUUAUCUCAUGAAGAUGUUGUGGCGAGAGGUGCUUAUGGCGAGAUUUCUCGUGCUUUUUGGCCGGAAGGAGAGAUGGAGGUGGCAUUAAAGGGCUUGCAUAAUGAUUUAACGGAAGAUCUUGUUCACGAGAUUAAUAAUUAUUCUCCAGACCUGGAGAAUAACAAAUAUUAUUUCGUGUUACAGUAUGCCAAUGGUGGGUCCCUGAGAAAUUUUCUACGGCAAAGGUUUAAUGAACUUAACUGGGAAACAAAAAAAAGGAUGGCCGUCGAAAUCUCUAAUGGACUUAGCGUUAUGCAUAACAACAAUAUUGUUCAUCGGGAUCUCCAUUCCGGGAAUGUGUUGAUUCAUAAUAAUCAAAUGAAGAUUAGCGAUUUCGGAUUAUCUAAAUACGUGAAUAUUAGUCCCAGAUCCAUCAUUGGCGGAACUGUUGCAUACACAGACCCUCAGUACCUACAAGACAGCAGAUUCAUACGGGACAAGGCUUCUGAUGUCUAUAGUUUCGGUGUGUUAAUGUGGGAAAUUUCUAGUGGUCAGACUCCCUACAGAGGCAUGGGGCGAAACGAGAUUCAUCAACGAGUAAUUAACGGAUAUCGCGAACAACCGGUCAACGGGACCCCACUCGAAUAUGUAACGAUUUACAGACAAGCCUGGGAUUCUAUUGAGUCCCUACGUCCUUCCAUUCAGAAUAUUCGAUUUGCAUUGAGUUAUAUGAACAUGACGCCGGUAUAUAAUGACGCGAGGUCUAGCGUCUUACACGACCCCGGUCCUACUUUAUCCAUCGGAAUAAACUCAAUAGACGAAAGAUUUCAUGAACUACGAGUAAUAGAUCCUGAAGAUUCAGAUAUUAUGCGUUCAGACGUAAAUACAAACAUAACUGUGCCAAACCCGUCCGAUGAAUCCAUAUGCGAACCAGCUGCAAAAGGUUCCAGAAAUGCAGGGAAUAAGUACUCUUUGUCUAAGUGCAACGAAACCCUUGACAGAUUCAUAGAUUACUUAGAAAAUCAUGUGAAGCGCGGUCUUCGAGAUGUUCCCGAAAAAUGCGCUGCCGCCUUCCAUAUUUAUUAUGAAGACACCGAAGGCCUUGAAUAUCACCUCGAACACGGGGAAUCAGGCGAUGAUGUUUCUCCAUUUUUCAACGGCGAUCCGUUGGUCGUAAUCGCCGCCCAAUACUGCACUACUGAGAAAAUGGUAGAAAUUUUUGAGGUCCUUAAACGCCAUAAUGCCAAUUUUGCGUGUGCUAACGAACUGAGACGUACAGCGUUUCACAUUAUAUAUAAAAAUAAGUUGAUAUUUCAGAAAGAAAUUUUUAGAAUAACUUUAGCGCAACUCUGCGUAAAUUUAAAAGGAAUAUUUAAAUUUCUUGUGGAGAACAAUUGUAAUGUGAAUGCCAGGGAUUUCCUAGGUCGACCAGUGAUUUCGUACUUCAUAGCUGCCAAAGAAAAAAGAGAUGGAUAUUCAUCAAUCAUUGCUUUAUUGCUAGAAUCUGGAGCAAAUCCAAAUAUGACAAUAAAAGUACGAUCGUCCUUCAUUAUUCCACCCGACUUCAAGUUACACGAAGAAGACGAUGUAUUGGAUACUUGUUCGCGAAAUUCACUAUUUCUUGCAAUUAAACACAAGUGGAAGGUAGAAUUAUUUGAUUUGUUGCUAAGUUUUGGGGUAAAUGAAGAAUCAUUGGACAAUGAAGGGCACAGUAUACUAUUGUUCGCUUUGUCAGAAAAGAAUCAUGAUGCCAUGCGCUGGAUACUGGAAAAUAUACCGAGUGCAAGUACGAAAGAGAGUCUAUCUGAGGCAAUAAGGAAAACCAAAAUUCUGUCUGCGGAACGAAGUUUGUUAAAAAAAUGGGAUGGAAAUGAUGGGAAAAAGAAUAGGGAAAACGCAAAAAGAAACUACGAACGUAAAAAGAGUAUACAACUAAAUAGAACUUAA